AAAAUGGAUAAAGGAAAUUUGUCUGUAGUGUCAGAAUUUGUGCUUUUGGGACUUUGCCACUCAUGGAAUAUGCAGGUCUUAUUCUUAAUAUUUUUUAUACUUUACCUGAUUAUUAUAUCUGGAAAUAUUGUCAUUAUGAUCCUAAUCAUCACUGACUACCGUCUUCAUUCCCCCAUGUACUUCUUGUUGGCCAACCUGUCCUUUGUUGAUAUGUGGCUUUCUUCAGUCACCACUCCAAAGAUGAUCACAGACUUUCUCAGGGAGAACAAGACUAUUUCCUUUGGAGGGUGUAUGUGCCAGAUCCUCUAUGUACAUUGCGUUGGAGGGGGUGAGAUGGUGCUAUUAGUGGUAAUGGCCUAUGACCGCUUUGUAGCCAUUUGCAAGCCACUGCACUAUUCGACCAUUAUGAGCCUGCGAAAAUGCACUGGGCUGGUGGUGACUUCCUGGACCAUUGGCUUUGUGCAUGCCAUGAGUCAAAUGGCUGUGAUCGUGCAAUUGCCCUUCUGUGGCCCCAGGGAAAUUGACAGCUUCUUCUGUGACAUACCACUGGUAAUCAAGCUUGCUUGCAUAGAUUCCUACAAUUUGGGAAUAUUAAUGAAUGCUGACAGUGGGGUUCUGGCCAUGACGUGCUUUAUUCUGUUGUUGAUAUCCUAUACAUAUAUUCUUCUUACUAUCUGCCAAAGCUCUAAAACUGGUGCAUCCAAGGCACUAUCUACCUGCACUGCCCACAUCACAGUGGUGGUGCUUUUCUUCGGGCCUUGCAUCUUCAUCUAUGUGUGGCCACUCAGCAUCACCUGGGUGGACAAAUUUCUUGCUGUGUUUUACUCUGUUAUUACACCUCUCCUAAAUCCAGCCAUUUAUACCCUAAGAAAUAAAGAGAUAAAAGAUGCCAUGAAAAGAUUCAGACUCUACUACAUGCAUUCCAAGGGAAAUAUUUAA